GCCCUCCCUCUGGUUGCCGACCCUCCGGGGCUAGCGCCCGAGCUCCCUUUCCCAGAGUGCUCCGCGCCGUGAAGAAGCGGCUCCCGGGGACUGGGGGCAUUUUGUGUUGGCUGGAGCCGGAGUAACAAGAUGGCGGCGUCGGCGGAGUGACAGGGGUCCCUCCGGGCGGGAGCCGGCGGCAGUGGUGGCAGCGGUAUCGCCGCCCUAAACCACCGCGCCCCUUUUCCAGCCCGCGACGUUGCCGUGAAAGCGAGGCAGCGGCGGCCGCCCAGAAACAAGUGGCCCAGCCUGGUAACCGCGAGAAACCCCUCUAAGCUGCGGCCUGGCAAAAGAAGCCUGACUGAGCGGCGGCGAUCGGGUUCCCUUUGACCGAUCCUGGGCCCUGUAACGCCUUGAAAGAGCCAGCGCUUUCCGUUUCCUGCCGCCCUCCUCCGCAGCCUUGCUCCGUGGACCAGCCCCAGCGGCCUCUGUCUUCCCCUCAGAGGUGUCGGGGCUUGGCCCCAGCCUCCAUCUUCGUCUCUCAGGAUGGCGAGCAGCAGCGGCUCCAAGGCCGAGUUCAUUGUCGGAGGGAAAUAUAAACUGGUACGGAAGAUCGGGUCUGGCUCCUUCGGGGACAUUUAUCUGGCGAUCAACAUUACCAACGGCGAGGAAGUGGCAGUGAAGCUAGAAUCUCAGAAGGCCAGGCAUCCCCAGUUGCUGUACGAGAGCAAACUCUAUAAGAUUCUUCAAGGUGGGGUUGGCAUCCCCCACAUACGGUGGUAUGGUCAGGAAAAAGACUACAAUGUGCUAGUCAUGGAUCUGCUCGGACCCAGCCUUGAAGACCUCUUCAAUUUCUGUUCAAGAAGGUUCACAAUGAAAACUGUACUUAUGUUAGCUGACCAGAUGAUCAGUAGAAUUGAAUAUGUGCAUACAAAGAAUUUUAUACACAGAGACAUUAAACCAGAUAACUUCCUAAUGGGUAUUGGGCGUCACUGUAAUAAGUUAUUCCUUAUUGAUUUUGGUUUGGCCAAAAAGUACAGAGACAACAGGACAAGGCAACACAUACCAUACAGAGAAGAUAAAAAUCUCACUGGCACUGCCCGAUAUGCUAGCAUCAAUGCACAUCUUGGUAUCGAACAGAGUCGCCGAGAUGACAUGGAAUCAUUAGGAUAUGUUUUGAUGUAUUUUAAUAGAACCAGCCUGCCCUGGCAAGGACUAAAGGCUGCAACAAAAAAGCAAAAAUAUGAAAAGAUAAGUGAAAAGAAGAUGUCCACUCCUGUUGAAGUUUUAUGUAAGGGAUUUCCUGCAGAAUUUGCCAUGUACUUAAACUAUUGUCGUGGGCUGCGCUUUGAGGAAGCCCCGGAUUACAUGUAUCUGAGGCAGCUAUUCCGCAUUCUUUUCAGGACUCUGAACCACCAGUACGACUACACGUUUGAUUGGACAAUGUUAAAGCAGAAAGCAGCACAGCAGGCAGCCUCUUCAAGUGGGCAGGGUCAGCAGGCCCAAACCCCCACAGGUCUUAAAGAUGAGAAGUUGGAUCCACUGAGUUAGUAUGUUUCCUUGAAAAAAAAAUUGUAAUUAAACUUAAGUUUAAUCCUUAAUUUUGUAUUGUAACUUUUUCAUAAGAGCAACUUAAAAAGUCUUAUACAACUUUUAGGGCACCUGGCUGGCUCAGUAGAGCACGUGUGACUCUUGAUCUCAGGGCCUGAAUUAGAGCCCCGCACUGGGGGUAGAGUUUACCUAAGGGGAAAAAUUUUAUAAAAAUUUCCAUGGCAAUAAUAGACACAGGGUGUAUAUAAAUUAUUACAUAAACAUCAACUUGUAAAAUAUUUUAAAAAUUGGAUUUUUCAUAAAAUGCAUCACUUACCAUUGACUUCUUUCAGAGAGACAUUUUCAGGUGGUAUAUUUUGAUUCCAAGCGAAAUACUGCUUGCUACUAAAAUGUCCCAUGCCACAGAAUACAAACAACAGAAUUGUGUUUGAUCUUUGGCUUCUUCUUUUAUCUCGGAUCUAGAACUUCGUGUCCCAAACAGAUCUCACAUGAAACCCCCUCGGUAUAAAGCCAUGAAAAGUGGGGCAGGUUUGAGCGUGGCAUGAAAUAGGUAUGGGGAGCCUACUUCCCUAACCCCUCCUGUAUUGUCUGGACCAUCUAUUAAGAAAUCUAUGAAGUCUGGAGUUUGAAGACAAUCCCUCUAGGUUACUCACUCCUGAUUUCAAUCUCUAAGUAAGAGGGGUGUUUAAAAGGAUAUUAUGCUCUUAGAGUCCACUACAGUCAUUUUUUCACUCAAGGAAGAGCUCAUGCAACUCAACUCUACUAAUUCCAAGAAAUCCUUUCAUUGAUGAUAACAUCAUAUAGUACAUUUUUCUAGUUAAAACUUUAGAAAGCACUUUUUAAAUGUAUCCUAUCAGCUUUUAUGCACAGAAUUAAUAGUCUCAGAGGUUUUCCAAACCAGAGAAUUCGGUUUCUUAAAUGAGUCUUCAGCAUGUAGAACUGUAUAAUACAGGGAUAUCUAUUCCUGGAAAAAUCCCAUAACUGGUUGACGAAGGUAUUUUACAUUAUUAGUUUUAUGUUUUGAAAAUUUUAUAUCGAAUGUUUCUUCCAUGGAAAGGUGUAAUAAGUUGCUUCAGCAGUUCACUGAGAAUGUCCAAACUGUUUUUAAAGUCUGACUUACUCAACUAAGAUGGGUGUGUUGUGUGUAAGAAACUUCUAGUUACUUUUCUAAAGAAAAGAUCUUUUGAAAUCCUCCAUUCCAAAAGACCAAGAAAUGAGGCGUUUGUUUCUUGUAAAGCCCACUAUGAUCUGUACUAAUUUUCAGUGCUCAUGUACUGCAAGCUUUUAAUUAGUUUUUAUACAUGUUAAAAAGAAAAAUAAAAGAUUCACAUCUGAGGCCCUUCCAAAUUCAUUUCGCUUCCUUUUAUUCAACUAUAUGUGAUUAUCAGGAAAGUUUACAAGACUGUAAGAAGUACUAAAGGAAACGGAAAUAUUUUUAGGACAUUCAGAAUCCGGUUAAGUUCACCAUUUCUUUAGUUGAGCUCAGAGAUGGGGAGAAUUACAGAACGUGGUAGCGAAGCCAAAGUUGGAUCCUCACAUAAUUCUAUUAUCAUCUUAAUCUCUCUGUUCGCUACUCCAGCCGUUGAUACUAAACAUAGUUCUAUCAGAGUCACACACAUGGAUGUCAGAUUGUUGACAGACAAAAGGAUAGAAAUAUUUUUCCAUCACAUUCUCCUACCAUGUCCAUGGUCUUCCUUGAAUUAUCUUCCGGUAUUUACUGGGAUUCACCUACCAUUUAUGUCUAGCUUAACUGUUUCUGACUUCACCAAUUGCUGCUAGGUACGUGGCUGGUCACUCAGCAACGUAACCCAAAUCACAGGGGAAGACCUUGAGAUAAUCUGGAGACUGAUCUUCUCUGAGUACAUUCAAUCUAAAGAAGUGCCAGGGAGCUGCAUCUGCGUGCUGAAAUUUUUGUCAGCUUUUUUCACUGUGGACAGUACAGCUGGAGAGAAAAGAGCUCCAUAACCCAACGGGAAAUGAAGAAGAGUGUGCAAGAGUUGAUUCGUGGUCAUCUGAAUGAAGCUCACAUCUCCAAGGCUGGCUGGACUUAACAAACAUGAACUUGUCAGACUGUCUGGGUGAUACGGCAACAGUCCGAAGACCUAGAGGAGUACAGCAUUGCUAUGACUCAGUGGUGUAUAAUGCAGACCAUCUACCAGUUGGGAGAGGAAUCAGUUGUAACAGGAACAGAGGGAUCCAUUCCUUAUUUUAACUGUUGUUGCAGUGAAGAUGGGUGUUUGGACUUUUAGAAGCCAGGAGACACCACCUAAACUACAAGAUAAAAACCAAGGACUCAAUGCACACUGGAAAAAAGAAUGCUUAGCACUUGAAGAUUGAAUGUUGAAUGCUCGCUGAAUGCUCCCAUUGAGAUUUUUCCUAAACAGACUUGAGUAACAUCUUAGGAUAAACAUUGAUCCCUGGGUGGAGUAUCCUACCAUUGGCCAAUGUGAAGAGUUAAAUCUGGUUUCUAAGCAUGAAUCAAGGAACAGAAGAAGCAGAGCAGAUGAUCGGAGCAGCAUUUGUUUCUCCCCAAAUCUAGGAAUUUUAGUUCAUAUGUACACUAGACAGUGGUUGUGAACAACCAUUUACUUGGUGUAAAGAACUUAAUUUCAGUAUAAACUGGCUCUGGGCAGCAUUGGUGAUGCCGUGUCCCGAGUUGUAGCCGCUGUAAUUGUGAAUAUUAACUGAGAUAGUGAAACAUGGUGUCCAGUUUUCUAUUGCAUUUUUUCAAGUGGAAAAGUUCACUAAAUGGUUGACACACACAAAUUGGUGGAGAAAUUGUGCAUAUGCCAAUUUUUGUUAAAAUCUUUUAUUUUGAACUAUACUGCUUUGAGAUCUCAUUUCAGAAGAACAGCAUGAACAGUAUUCAGCCACAGUUGUGAAGGUUGUAAAUGCUCACAAUUGUGCGUUCUUAGGGUUUAUCCACCCCUGGGGUUUGCAAGUUGUUCACUUAAAACAUUCUUAAAAUGGUUGGCUUCUUGUUUGCAAGCCGGCUUGAUAUGGUAGCUACCAAAGAUUCCAGUGUUUGAGCGUACGAAAGACUCUGCCUGCUUACCUGUGCUAGAAAUAACAGCAUCUAAAGUGAAGACUUAAGAAAAACUUAGUGACUACUAGAUUAUCUUUAGGACUCUGCAUUAACUCUAUAAUGUUCUUGGUAUUAAAAAAAAAAAAAGCAUAUUUGUCACAGAAAUUUAGUUAACAUCUUACAACUGAACAUGUAUGUAUGUUGCUUAGAUAAAUGUAAUCACUGUAAACAUCUAUAUGAUCUGGGAUUUUGUUUUUAUUUUGAAAUGGGAGCUUUUUUGUUUACAAGUUCAUUAAAAACUAAAAACCGUU